AUGAAUCAAAAGACAAAAAAAGAAGNCCGCACCAUCCUUUACCCUCUUCGUCUCCUCCGCAGCUCCUCUGGAAAAAGUGGUUUUCCGAUCAGUAUCGCCGCCAUGGCUUUCACCUUUAAUCUCCUCAACGCUUAUAUCCAGGCGAGGUGGGUUUCUCACUACAAGAAUGACUACGAAGACGGACAUUCGUUCUGGUGGCGGUUUAUUAUUGGGUUGGUGGUUUUUAUAGCCGGUAUGUGGAUUAAUAUCACAUCGGACCGGACUUUGGUACGUUUGAAGAAAGAGAACCGGGGAGGUUAUGUGAUACCGAGAGGAGGUUGGUUCGAGCUAGUAAGCUGCCCGAAUUACUUUGGAGAAGUCGUAGAAUGGUUGGGCUGGGCUGUUAUGACUUGGUCUUGGGCUGGUAUUGGGUUUUUUCUGUACACUUGUUCCAAUUUGAUCCCGCGCGCAAGUGCGAGUCACAAGUGGUACAUUGACAAGUUCAAGGAUGAGUAUCCCAAAACUCGAAAAGCUGUUAUUCCUUUUGUGUACUAAAUUAAAAUAUGUGAUUCAUUAUCCAUCCUUAUGUCAUAACAUUAUAGUGAAUUUGUAUCAAAGUUUUCAGUAAUUUGGUUAGAUUCAACAACAGUGAAAAAAACUGUGUAUUAUUAUGUAGACAAAUUUAUAAAUAUCAAAGGUUUGAGCACAAGAGGGGGUGAAAGCGUUACGUACGUCAUGUGAGACU